UCCCAGAAAAGCCCCCACCGGAAUACUUCCCAUCUCACUGGUCUGUUCCAGCAGGUGGAGCAGAUUUACAGGAUCAAAGCUGUUGGUGGAACAAAGAUGGUUGAGUGGGAUGCAAUUAUCAUGUCCUAUGAAGGUCUCGUCCAGGAACCUCUCUGCUUAUCCAGGUCAGCUACCUUGGCCCCAAGGGAGCAAACUAACUUCCUGAGGUCAAGGACCGAUUUGCACUGAGUACCCCACCCCUGAUUCUGUCCAUCAGGAAGACAUACAACAUUCUGUGCUACACUGGAUAGCUCCCACACCUCUGCUGGCAUUCUACCAGCAGAUAUUGUUGUUGAGCGAGUUAAUUUACUUGGGAACCUGGGGUUUGUAAGUUCACUAAGGGGAGGGACACAGUAGUCUGCCCUGUUGCUGAACUUGCUUGGCUGCUUUACUCACUUUGGCUCGAGGCUCAGCUCUGACACUUGGGCACGCAGAAAUGCAUAUUCAGCCUAGUCUCUCCUAGGUUGUUCUACAUUAGUAGCCCUGACUGAAUUCCUCCAGCUGCUGAUGCAGGAGGUCCUCAUUUGAAAACCACAGAGAGCUGCUGCUCAGCUACUAGUUUCAUCCAAUCCUAUUGAGCAGAUAUAUGAAAGGUGUGUUAGGUUAAUAGGUUAAGAAUAUACAUACAGUAUUAGUUCAGGUAGGUAGCCGUGUUGGUGCUACUGGAAGGAUUUUUUAUUUUUAUUUUGAAUACAUACGGUAUAUGCAUGUUAUUUCUGAGCAAUGAAUCAUUCAAGGGAUAGAGCAGUCACUCAAGGUUCAGCUCACUGGAGGCUGUGAUUUUUUUUUGCAAUAUAUGGUUUAUUUAUAAAGCGGUUUACAAAAAACCCAAAAGUAUCUCUAAAAAUCUACAACCAUAGUUUAAAACAUACUGUACAAGUCCAUAGUAGUAGUCAUAGUAAUAGUGAUGCUGUAGUAAUAAUACAAAUGAAAAUCCAAAUUCUUCCUCCACCCUCAAUUUUGCCAAUAGCAAAACAUCAGGUAACAUUUGCUCUUGCUCUUCUCUUGUGGAAAUAGCUUCCCACAUGCCCCAAACAGGAAAAGCCAAUGGCAGAUAGCACAGAGUAGGAAAGGAAAGUAGCACAGGAAAGCUCAUACCAAUGACAAACUUAGUUGGUCUCUAAGGUGCUACUGGAAGGAAUUUUUUAAUUUUGUUUCGACGGAGUAGUGACUGAGCGGAGAAAACAUAGCAUGGAAAUAUUUCAUCAGGGGCCACCCCCUCUUGGCUGGGGAAAUAACGGAAUACCUAUGCAAAACCGAUGACUAAAAAAAAUGUGUGGACAGCAACAUUUCAGUCAUACAUAGAAAAAAAUUAGACUCGGCUGACCUGUUUUUCAACAUAAAGCCCCCUCUGGAAACACCUUUACAACCAAAAACCGAAGAGUUGAAAAGGAUCGUGAACCCUCAUCUCCCAACCUUUCAACAAUAUCAUUUCGCUUUUUUUUCUUUUUCUUUUGGCAGGAUCCAGCCUUUCAUAAUGGAUCCAGGGAUUCAGAUUAAGCCGCUCUUUUAAUUACGAAAUUGGCAUUUCCCAAACUGCCCGCAGCAGCAGUCCGACCUGCUCCGAGAUUAGUGCCACACUCGAACCCAAACAACCUUGCAGUCUCCGCUUCUGCCAGCAGGUGGAGCUAGAGACGUGCCCAAACGCGCGAUGUUGGGAUGCACCAUCUCAUCGGGGCGGGGGUGGGUGGGCAGCUGCGCCUUUGAGUCCGCCUUAAACAUCGCCGAGGCGAGCUGUCCACGCUAAAGCGGCUGGGAAGGCUAUAACAGGGACGGGGCGAGGCUCCGCGCCACUUUACAGAAAAAGCGGGGUCCCGUAAAUCUUAAAUCUUGCUGUCAACAUUCUUUCCCCCCCCCGCCGCCGCCCUUCGAAAUGGUACUUCCCCAUCCGGCACGGGCAGGGGGAGGUUGCGAAGAGGAGCCGUAGCUAUGGCGACGGGAGAUUCUGCCCCCGCCCGCCCUUCCUUGUAGUUCCUGGCUCCCGCCACGGCCCCGCCCAGCCGCGGGACACGUCGCAAGCGAGGGAAGCGCCCGGGGAGCCUCAGCGAAGCUGCGGCGGAGACGCGCACCCCUCGUCCGCGGUGGAAGCAGCAGCAGCAGCCAGCGCGACGCCUCUGCCGCCGCCGCCUGCUCCUUCCUCAGAUGAACACUUUGGCUAUGAAAAUUUAAAAUGGACCCUGAAGAGCAGGAGCUGCUUGGUGAUUAUAGAUACAGAAAUUAUUCUUCAGCAAUUGAUAAAGCUUUAAGGAACUUUGAAUCAUCGAGUGAAUGGGCAGAUCUUAUAUCUUCUCUUGGUAAACUCAACAAGGCUCUUCAAAGUAAUUUGAAGUACUCCCUUUUACCAAGACGUCUGAUUAUUAGCAAGAGGUUAUCUCAGUGUUUACAUCCAGCGUUGCCCAGUGGAGUGCACCUAAAGGCACUAGAGACCUAUGAAAUAAUAUUCAAAAUCAUUGGGACCAAAUGGCUUGCAAAGGACUUGUUUCUAUACAGCUCAGGCUUGUUUCCAUUGCUGGCAAAUGCAGCAAUGUCGGUGAGGCCUGUUCUUCUUGGCCUGUAUGAGAAAUACUUUAUCCCACUACAGAAGUGCCUCCUGCCAAGUCUUCAAGCCUUCUUAAUUGGACUCCUGCCCGGUUUGGAGGAAGGGUCAGAAAUCUAUGACAGGACAGAUGCUUUACUUGUGAAGUUGUCUCUAGUAAUUGGCAAAGAAGUGUUUUAUUCAGCAUUAUGGGGGAGUGUCCUGGUUAGUCCUUCCGUAAGACUGCCUGCCUCCCUUUUUGUUGUUAGUCAUAUCAACAGAGACUUAUCUGGAAAACAGCAGAAGUAUAUGCUGGGAACUGAUGCUAAGCUCAUGGUCAAAGCCUUUUGUGUGUCAAUGCUGGAUUCAAAUGUUCUUGUUCAAAGGAACACUUUGGAAGUGGUUCUCUUCUUCUUCCCAUUUUAUUCAUCUUUGGAUCCCAGUGAAAGUGCUGUCACACUAUCUAGGUCUGAUAUAGUCCACCUUCUCUCAGCAUCUGCCCAAACUCUCUUAAGAAGAGAUAUGUCACUUAACAGAAGGUUAUAUGCAUGGCUACUAGGUUCUGAUAUCAAGGGAGGUACUUUCCUACCAGAUCCGUCUAUUUCUAUGUCCUUAGAGGACCAUGCCUUCUACUUUUUUGGGAAAUAUUCCAAAGAUCUUUUAGUUGAGGCGUUGAUUGAAAUACUGCAUCAAAAUUUUGCAGAAUCUGACUUGGAGGAACAGCAUCAUGCAUAUUUGAGACCGUUCCGCAUUCUCAUAAGCCUACUUGACAAACCUGAAAUAGGACCACCAGUUGUUGCGGAUUUGUUUCUUGAAGUGAUCAGAGCAUUCUAUUCUUAUUGCAAGGCUACACUGGGUUCUGAUCUUAAACUUAGUUACAGUCAAACAGGAAAUGUCCUUACAAGUGCAAUCAAAGAAAACAAGAAUGCAUCUGAGAUAGUUAAAACAGCUAAUCUGCUGAUCACAUCCUUAAGCACGGAUUUUCUCUGGGAUUAUAUGACCAGAUGUUUCGAAGACUGCUUCAGAAAUAAAUCUACGCAGACACAACUUAUGACGAGGAAUGUUGCAACCGUUUCAGAACUCUGCACUCUACUGAUAUUUCUUCUAGAUGUAAUACCAUUAGAACUUUAUUCCGAAGUGCAGUCUCUCUAUCUGCCACAGAUGCUCUGCUGUAUAGUGCAAUCUCUCCUGGAAAACAUGGAAACACUAAGUUUACCAGAGCUCACUCAUGCCUUAAGGACAUGCUUCAAAGUACUUAGCAAAGUGCAGAUGCCCCCUGCCUACCUAGGUACUGAUACAGGAAGCUCAGACACUAGCCCCAUGAGGGAAGAAAACCAGGAACUGACUUCAGAAUCCAAAGUGCUCCAGAAUGAAGAUGACGGUCUUUUUCCUCCACUCAAAUCUGAAGACAGUGGUAUAGGCCUUAGCACUUCAUCCCCAGAGUUUUCUCAGCACUUGAGAAUACCUAGGGUAACUCCCGAAAAAGAUGAUGUCUGGAAAAAGGGUGGGAGCAUGCAGAAGACCUUGCAGUGCAUCCAGGAGCUGGUGGCUAAAUUUGCCAGUAAAUACGUAUUUGUCGUUCAUCUACAAGAUCCCAGUAAUGGCAGUGUUCUGCAUGCAAGACAAGGGCAGAAAAAAGGAAACCAUUAUCAAGCUACUGGAAAUAUUUCCAAGAAAAGGAGCUCAUGGGAUUCCAAGCAAAUAACUGUGCCUCAGUUUAAGCAGAUGCUAACCGACCUAUUCAAUGUCCGAGGGUCAUCUUUUAAACAGAAAGAUAUGGAUCCUCCAUCUCCUUCAGAAGAGCUUGGUGGUGAAAGGGGAAAAAAGGAAGAAGAAUGGGAUAUUGACCAAGUUAUGCUUGACUUGGGAGAUAUGAGAGAAGACUGUAGAGAGGCCUUUGCAGCUCUAUGCUACCUCUUAUUGGAUUGUACUACUUUCCCUGUUUAUCUUUCUGAGGAGGAAACUGAGGAGCUCCAUUUGUCUCUCUUUCAAGUGCCUGGUGGCUGUGAAUCCAGUUUCCCCCUGUGGCUCAAAUCCCUGAUGACAAUAUGUUGCUGUGUCAAUGACUGCCACAUUCAGAAUGUGUCCAUCUCUGUACUGCUAGAAGUAAUUAACCAAUCCCAAUCAUUGGCACUGGUUAUUGAAGACCGAGUAAAGCGGUAUAAAGUUCCUGGGCAGAACCCCUUCUUUGGAAGGCUGCAGAUGGUCACAGUUCCUCCUAUUGCACAUGGGGUUCUCAAACUGAUUUCGGAAAAAACUGAUUUCUACCAGAGAGUUGCUCAAGUGCUUUGGAAUCAGCUAAACAAAGAGACAAGAGAGCAUCACAACACUUGUGUAGAGCUGUUCUACCGUCUUCAUUGCCUAGCUCCAUCUGCUAAUAUCUGUGAAGACAUCAUCUGCCAUGCAUUGCUGGACCAUGAUAAAGGGACAAGGCUGGAGGCACUGUUCCGGUUCUCUGUCAUGUGGCAUUUGACCAGAGAAAUCCAAGGCAACAGAGUCACUUCCCACAAUCGCUCUUUUGAUAGGUCUCUGUUCGUUGUAUUGGACAGUCUUAAUAAUUCGGAUGGAGCUAUUGGUGCUGCUGCACAGGGUUGGUUGAUACGAGCGCUGUCACUUAAUGAUGUUGCACGAAUUCUGGAACCCAUCCUUCUGCUUCUGCUUCAUCCCAGGACACAGCGUACCUCUAUUCACUGUGUCAAGCAGAAAAAAUCAGCAGAAGACAUGCGUUUCUGGUACAAAAAGAAAAAAGUCCCUUUCCAGAAGUCCUUGGGGCGUUCUGAAAGCAGCUCUGAAGAAAGUUUGCCACUGAGCCAGUUUACAACUGUGGACAGGGAAGCCAUUUGGGCUGAAGUUGAAAAAGACCCAGAAAAAUGCCUGCUUAAAAAUGAACUGGCUGUAAGUGAUGAUUUUCGGUGUGCAGUAGCUUCACAAGACGUGGACGAGGAGGAUAAUAGUGAACACACAGAGUCUGCUGAUACCAGCACUGGACCUACAGAUAGUGAUAAUACAUCAUCCUUUUCACCUUCUCUGGAUCAGCAGGAUAUGAGCAAUGACGAGAACUACAGUGGCUCAACAGACGACAAAGAAAGCAUGAAGCUUGUUGGUUCUUCUAAUGUUUAUCCUCCUGAAAGUUCCAAAUCCAGCACCAUGCUCAAUCUGGUACGCGCAGAUUCUGAGAAAACUCAAGCAUCAGAGUCUCUCUCAAGCGAUGACGAGGUGGAUUUGGAGCUUCAAGCCCUUACCACUGCUAGGUUGCUAAAACAGCAGAAGGAAAAACAGGAAAUAGCUGAGGCUCUGUUUAAGCACAUUCUUUUGUACCUGCAGCCAUAUGAUUCCAAAAGGGUACUAUAUGCUUUUUCUGUACUAGAGGCAGUACUCAAAACAAACCCUAGGGAGUUUAUUGAAGCUGUAGCCAGCACUAGCAUGGAUACUAGCUCCACAGCUCAUCUGAAUCUCAUCUACAAUCUUCUAGCCCGCCACCAGGAAGCUCUGGUGGGACAGAGCUUCUACGGAAAGCUUCAGACUCAGUCACCAACUGUGUGUCCCCAUUCACUGUUAAUAGAGUUGCUGACAUACCUGUGUCUGAGUUUCCUGCGCUCUUACUACCCUUGUUACUUAAAAGUAACUCACAAAGAUGUCCUUGGCAAUAAGGAUGUCCAGGUCAAAAGUGUUGAAGUCUUGAUAAGAAUGAUGACACAGUUGGCUACAAUGGCCAAAUCAUCAGAGAGCAGGGACGCAGAAUUUAUACGCAACUUGCUUGGCAGGUGCAAAGUUCAAGAAUUUGUCCUCCUUUCUCUAUCAGCUUCUAUGUAUGUAAGUCAGAAGUGCUAUGGACAUACGAUGGCCAAUAAGACUAAUGGGUUAAGUGAAGAGUGCAUCCUCGAGGAAAACCUAAUCAACUUUGGUCCUGAUCAGAUUUGGAGCGAGCACCCAUUACAGAUUGAGCUGCUUAAACUUCUGCAAGUGUUGAUAGUCUUGGAGCAUCACCUUGGACAGACUCAGGAGGAGGUGGAAAAUCAACCAGGCCUAUCUAAGGAAUGGCAAAAGUCACUUAACUUCCAGGAGGCCAUUAGUGCAAUGCAGUAUGUGCAUCCACACCCUAUAACCUCGCAGGGAUUAUUUGUGUCUGCCGUAGUCCGAGGCUUGCAGCCAGAGUAUGGCUAUGGCAUGCAUCCAGCUUGGGUGGGUUUGGUUGCAUAUUCCUUGCCAUUCUUUGGGAGAUCUUUAGGUUGGACAGUGGCACCGUUUAUUGUACAGAUAUGCAAGAACCUGGACGAACUUGUCAAACAGUAUGAAUAUGAAACUCUGAAAGUGUCCCCAAAGUCAUCUGUAAGCAUAAAUUCUAAAAGGGAAAACAUCACACCAGAUUAUCCUCUUACUCUUUUGGAAGGACUAACCACUAUUGGCCAUUUUUGUCUUUUGGAUCAUCCAAACCAAACCAAAAAGUCACCGUGGAAUGUUGACCCUAUAAACCUAAAAAAUGCCAGGAAUGCCAUUUUGGAAGAGUUUCCCCGUAUCAUUAACACCAUGUCUCUCCUUUGGGGUGUCAUAAAAAAGGAAGAUUCUCAAAAGAGACCUGCUGACUUCCUUGGAACAAAAGGCUCUUCUUCGGUUUACUUUAAGGCAACCAAAACUCUGAAGAAUAAAAUCCUUGACUUCUUGAAUCCCCUCACUGGGCAGCUUGGAGUACAACUUAUAGCUGCUGUAGCAGCAGUGUGGAGCAGCAAAAAAUCUCACAGGCAUCAAAACAAAACAAAGAUUCCUCCCGCAGCUAGUGCAUCUCAGCUUAUACUUGUUGAUCUAGUUUGUGCCCUAAGUACUCUGAAGACAGACACUAUACUGCAGCUUGUAAAAGAAGUUGUAAAGAAACCAUCCCAAAUCAAAGGUGAAGAGAAAUCUUCUCUAGUGGAUAUCCCAGUGCUCCAGUUCUGCUAUGCUUUCAUUCAAAGACUUCCUGUCAUAGCUUUGCAGGAGAACUUCCAGUCCUUGUUCGGAGUGUUGAAGGAAUCUGUGCAGCUGAAUUUGGCACCACCUGGUUAUUUCUUGCUUCUCAGCACUCUGAAUGAUUUUGUGACUAGAACUCCAAACCAGGAAAACAAGAAGGAUCAGAAAGACCUGCAGGAGGUAACCCAGAAAAUAUUGGAAGCCGUCGGGAAUGUUGCUGGUUCUUCUCUAGAACAAACUAGCUGGCUGAGCAGGAAUCUGGAGGUUAAAGCUCAGCCUCAGGUUGCUUUAGAUGAGCCCAUGGCUGAAGAUGAUUUAUGCGAUACAUCAGCAGUACCUUCUUCAAUGGUCUCUGCCUCUGCUCCAUCAGUGUACAGUGUUCAGGCCCUCUCUAUCCUUGCAGAGGUUCUUGCUUCUCUCCUGGAUAUGGUUUACCGGAGUGAUGAAAAAGAGAAAGCAGUGCCUUUGAUCUCGCGUUUGCUGUAUUAUGUGUUUCCUUACUUACGCAAUCACAGUGCCUACAAUCUUCCUAGCUUUCGUGCUAGUACACAGUUGCUCAGUUCUUUAAGUGGCUAUGCUUAUACCAAGCGCGCAUGGAAGAAAGAUGUCUUAGAACUAUAUAUGGAUCCAGCUUUCUUCCAGAUGGAUACUUCAUGCAUUCAUUGGCGAGCCAUUAUCGAUCAUCUUCUGACACAUGAGAAAACUAUGUUCAAAGAUUUGAUGACUAUGCAGAGCAGUUCUUUAAAACUUUUUCCAAGUUUUGAGCAAAAAGCAAUGUUGUUAAAGCGUCAGGCCUUUGCAGUUUUCAGUGGAGAAAUCGAUCAAUAUCACCUUUACCUUCCUUUAAUACAAGAGCGACUGACUGAGAACCUGCGUGUUGGACAGACUUCUGUAGUAGCUGCCCAGAUGUUUCUGUUCUUCAGGGUUCUUUUGCUAAGAAUUUCUCCUCAGCACCUAACUUCAUUAUGGCCGAUCAUGGUGACAGAGCUGAUUCAAGCAUUUAUACAGCUAGAGGAAGAUUUAGCUGAAGAGGAGGAACCAGCAAAGCACAACAGUAAAAUAAGUAAACAGAAAACAUCAGAGGGCAAUGGCCCAUUGCUUGGUGACAUACAGCAGAAUGAGCUCUCCUUGUAUUUAUCAGCCUGCAAAUUCUUGGACACUGCGCUUUCUUUCCCACCUGACAAGAUGCAGUUGUUUCAGAUGUACAGGUGGGCCUUUGUUCCAGAGGUGGACACACAGGCUUACAGCAUGACAUCCUCAGAUCUAAUGGAAAAUCAUCAGGAAUGCAAACCACAUGUUGUUAGAAUUGUGGACUUAAUAAAGCGGAAAUAUGGGGAUCAAACUACCAAUGAGAGAGCAACAAAGCACUAUAGCUUCCCUCUUUUGGACCUUCGUUCUAUCUCAAGCAUCACACAGUUAAUGCCAUUCUUCAGGAUUCUAAGCUGUGCUUUCAAAACUGAAAGCAGCAAGGCACUGAAUACACAUAGCUCAAAGGAUUUCAAACUGGACUAUCCAAAUGGCAGUGGAACAAGGACACUGAAGCUACUGGAAGAGUGUGUGGAACAUGACUUUAUAGAAAAUAUGGAAAGUUAAUAUGCUUUAAAGUACUUGCAUUAUACAAAGGUUGUAAUUGUCACUCAGUUCCAACCGUAUUGAAAAAAUGUAAAUAUGAGAAUGAAACAUUUUAAUGUUGACAUAUUUUACUUGUUUGUUUUUUUCCUACUGAUGUAAUCUUUCACCUGUUCUGUGUAUUGUUGAUAUGUAGCAUGUUGCCUCAGGUUUUGUGGAAGCAAAUUAGCAUUAUAAUGCGCACAUGUAAUGAAGGCAAUGUAAUGUAAUGAAGGCAAUAGAUAGCACAUGUAAUGAAGGCAAUAGAUAGCACAUCAAUCUGAACAAGACAGGAUCAAGCUAUUAACUUGGAAUAUUUACAACAGACUUAUUGGCAGAUGGGAACACUCUUCUGAAGUUAUUUUAGUCUUGCCUCUGAACAUCUCUGUAGUAAGCAGAUGCAAACAAAAUAGCAUGCUAUAUGAAUAUCUGUUAACAAAUAUUUUCUAACAAAAUAUCUGUGAUCCUUCUGCCGUAGCCUUUACAGCCUUUACAGCCUAAGCCUACAACCAUAUAGAAUAGGCCUUGCUGAUCUUAACGGAAAUUGCUUUUUGGUAAAUAUUCAUAAGAUUUUAGGUUACAAGGAUAUGUUUGCAUAGGAUAUAUACAACUAAGAAGGGGAAAAAUUCUUGGAAAUUUAUUUGACUGGUUUUAAAGUCAUUGUCUUCUGUAGUUUGCUGAGUUAUUGCUGAAUUAUAUUUAAACCUAGAAAAACAUAAGAAAAUAAGAAAAUCUUUUUUUAAUUAAAAAAGAGAGAAACAUUAAAAAUUGUGUGCAUAGUGACUGCACAAUUCUUGAAAGGCAUGUAUAUAUAAUAAAAUGUAGCGUUAGAGGUACUUAAGUUUCUAAGCAAAUACUUUACAGUGUUGCACUAAAACAUCUGUGCAGAUAAAUAUUUCCUCUUUUAAAGUGUUGCAAAAGACUGGAAACAACUGCUUUUGUUGUGAUUUAAUUUGAGUUAGAAGGUUUUGGUUCUGCCAUCUUUCUGGCACAGCAUUUGUAAUGCACAAACAGAAUGGGAUUUGUGGAGGGGUAUUGGCUAUAUGGGUGUCAUUCUAGCUUCAACUGGAAAAAAGUGUUAAAACAAGAACUUUGCAUAAACAUAAUUGCUAGCCUGUUCUUUACAUGUAUUGGAUAUUAUGCUUUCCUAUUUUUAUAACUGUUGAUGUAAAUAAUACUAUUUCUUUAGCAUGUAUUUCCUUUUCCCCACAAUAUUGAUAUAUCUAGCACCUUCACUUCCUAAAAAAAAAACCAGAGUGGGCAG